AUGGCAAUCGGCCAAACGGUGACCGUGGUCAACAAGUCCGGCAAAGUUGUCAGUACAGGAAAACAUGUCGUCAACGUUUUCAAGGAAGCCAAGUCAGCGUACAGAGAACGCAAAGCCGAGAUCAAAGCUGUGCGCGAUGCGGAAAUUGAACAGAAGCGUGUUCAGAAGACACUUGAAAAGUUCACACUAGAAGACGAUCGUGCCUCACAAGCCUCUCGUCGCUCUCAGAGAUCGAGGAAAGAAGGAUCACAUCAAAAUCGUCCACUUGUGGAUCGUGGCUACUCGGACAGCUUCUAUGCCAACGACAAAUUUUUGAGUACGAGAAGCCAUCGGCAAUCAAAUCUACGCAAUAAACUCAGCCCAGAAGGCGAGAGACAACACAACGAACUGGUCCGAAGACAUACCACCGAUAUGGGCCAGGAAGUUAGAAGACCAAGGACCUCGCGCUCAGCAUCCGAGGCGGACAUCGACAUGGACCUUGCUUAUGGCGAAUUACCACCACCAUUGCCAGAGCGCCCUCAGGAAAACGAGAUCGAGUUGCGAGAGAAGAUGACGAAACUGCAACAACUCCUGGAUGAGGCAAACUGCGUUCAGCACUCUGUCAUCGCCACCAUUGAGAACCUCCAGAAGAACCCAGAUGCCUUAGCCGCUGUGGCCCUGACUCUUGGUGAGAUCAGUACCAUGGCAGGCAAGAUGGCCCCGGGAGUUUUGACGUCUAUGAAAACGGCAUUUCCAGCCAUCAUUGCCUUGCUUGCCUCGCCUCAAUUCAUGAUCGCUGCUGGUGUCGGUGUUGGUGUCACGGUCAUUGCAUUCGGUGGCUACAAGAUUAUCAAGAAAAUUCAGAAGCACAAGGAGGAGGCUGCUGAGCUCAAAGCUGGAUCGCAGCGUCAGAUUGCAGACAACGAAUCCGUUUCUGAGUACGAUGAGCUUUAUGAGCUCGACGGUGACCUCAGCCAUAUAGAGGUCUGGCGUCGUGGCAUUGCGGAUGCCGAAGCACAAAGCUUGGGUACAAGUGUGGACGGCGAGUUUAUCACACCCGAUGCGGGUAGACACCUUGUUGCGGAUGGCAUACUUCGCGAAGAGGACCUCAAGUCUAUGCGCUCGAGCAAGUCUCGCAAGACAUCCAAGUCCAAGAAGAGCAAGAAAGAUACGAAGAGUGACAAGGACUCUACUGUGAGCGGUUCAAAGGACAAAGAGAAGCGCAAGAAGAAAGAGCCGAGCGGUUUGAGGAUGCUGUUCAAGACGCGCGCAUGA